AUGUCAGACGAGCUACCUCCGUCGCCAACAUCGACUGGCAGAUCCACUUCGGCACUCAGGGCCAGUCCAUCGGUCAUUCCCCGGAUUUCCGCAAGAACCGUCGAUGCAUCCAGCAUAGCUUGUCAAAGGUGUCACAGGCGUAAGAAGAAGUGCGACAGGGCCAAACCGAGUUGUGGAGCAUGCGUCAAAUCGCGUAUGACCUGUACGUACGAUGUGGUAAUAUCGGAUAGAUCGCAUCCCCACUAUGUUCGAGACCUUUUAGCAGAGACAUCGUCUCAGAAAGAACGAAUUGUAGAGCUGGAAAAGCAGGUCGCUGAAUUGACAAGUUUGGCCAGUGGAGUUCAAAAUGAACCUCAACUUGCGAACACCUCCCUGCAUCAAUUCGCAGCACUCAUCAAUAAUGAGCCUUCCACGACUUUCACAGAAAUACCUUUUCAACCUUUUCCCACAGGCUCUAUCGGAAUCGAAGAUGUCAGCUCGGAGCCAACGUUAGCGGAAAGAAUCGUGCUUCAGGUCUUGACCACUGAGCCAGAUAGAAGGGAGGCAAGUCUAUCGUUCAAGGGCACUAUUGGUCAGCAGCUAGGGACCUCCCAAGAUGACGAAGAAUGUGGUGAUGGUAGUAGUACUGGGAACCAAAUUCCAGAUAGAGUCCUUAUAGAGCAGGAUCUACAUACAAUUUACUUCAUGACAUCGCCUCGAGCUCCCUUGAUAUCUGAAUACUCGAAACCCGACAUAAGGAUCUACAGAUUAUUUAUGAUUUUCGCUAUUGGGUGCGAUGUUUUAGAGAAAGGUGGAAUAGCAUUACUCGAUCAUUCAAAGAAACUUCGAGCAUAUGCGUUCCAUCAUCUUCCAGCGGUCCUCAGAGCCGAUUCCCUUUCGUGUAUCGCAGGCCUACUGCUAUAUGCCCAGUACUCCAUCAUGGCCUUCGGAAACACCAGCCCGCAUGCAGUUAUAGGCUUAAUAGCGCGUCUUGCUAUCGAUCUCAACUAUCACCAAGAAGAUUACAGCUUGCCGCCAGCUUAA